AUGAAAACUAUAAUUCUUCUUGGGCUACUGGGAGCCACAAUGUCAGCCCCACUUAUCCCACAGCGUCUUAUGUCUGCAAGCAACAGUAAUGAGUUACUUCUGAAUCUUAAUACUGCCCAGCUUCAGCCACUACAGCUUCAGGGCCCAUUUAAUUCAUGGAUUCCUCCUUUCUCUGGGAUUCUACAACAGCAGCAGCAAGCUCAAAUUCCAGGGCUCUCCCAGUUCUCUUUAUCAGCUCUUGAUCGGUUUGCUGGACUGUUCCCAAAUCAGACACCUUUCCCGGGAUGGGUCAGUUUUGUGCAAGGAACCCAGGUGGGGCAGCUGGACCCCUCACAGCCCCAAACAUCACCGCAGACCCAGCAGGGACCUGGUCACGUUAUGCCCUACAUGUUCUCCUUCAAAAUGCCUCAAGAGCAAGCACAGAUGCUUCAGUACUAUCCGGUCUACAUGCUCCUACCUUGGGAACAACCUCAACAAACAGCCACACAAUCACCCCCACAAACAGGACAGCAGCAAUUUGAGGAGCAGAUGCCAUUCUAUACUCAAUUUGGAUAUAUUCCAGUACAAGUAGAACCUGUUAUACCAGGAGGUCAGCAGCAACUAGCCUUAGAUCCCUUCACAGACACAGCUUCUGAAACUGUUGUGAUGUCUGCAGAAGGAGUGAUACCAUAUUCACAAAAAGAAAUGAUAAACUUUAAGCAUGCCAAUGGAGGAAUCUUCAUUACUUCUACUUCACAAAAAUCCAGCACUACAAAUUUUGGUGCUCCUGCUAUAGAGCCAACUAAUACCCCACAGGUGAUGGAAAAAAAGGCCAAGACUGAUUACCAAAAGGAACCAUAA